AUGGUGGAUGGGUCCUAUAGUGCGUUUAGCGGCUGUAUGGGUAUUGGAGGCCUUAUGCGUGAUUCUGCUGGUUUGUCGCUAGGAGGAUUUUAUGUUGGGAGUAAUGAAGGAGAUCAUCUGUAUGCAGAAAUGCAAGCAUUGGAAACAGAGAAGCGUGGUGCGGAGUUUCAUUGCUAUAGUACAUUAUUAAUGGAUAUCCUUUUGCUUCUCUUUACGAAUUGGGAUGUUAAAAUUAGUCAUGUGCUGCGAGAGGGAAAUGCUCCAGCAAAUUGUCUAGCAGGAAUUGGUGCCAGACUCGAGUGUGCUGUAAUGGAUUUGGAUUCUCCUCUUAAUGAAGUGGUGCCUCUUCUUGAGAAGGAUUUAGCUGCUUUGUAA